AUGAGACAGGUUUUCUAUCUGAUCAUUGUUUGGAAUGCUAUUUUUUCAAACAUCGUAGCAGGUUGUCCGACAAAACACUUCGGGUACAACUGCGAAUAUAGGUGUCACUGUGAUGGGGAUGAAGAUUGCAGUCAAGACGGGUCUUGCCCAAAUGGAUGUGCCAGUGGAUGGGAUGGGGAGUAUUGUCAGCGCGGUAAUGUUGCUGCAGGAAAGUCUUCAGACGCAUCACAGGGAACGACCUAUGGCACGCAUUACGCCUCUUUGGCUCUGGAUGGUUAUACGAAUCAGGCGUUUUCAAGAUGCAGUCAUACCAACCAACGCGAACAUUGGUGGCAGGUGGAUUUAGGGAGGGACUAUGUUCUAUUUACAGUGACAAUAUGGACAAUGGCUGAAAGUGAGUGCAAGAAAAAUACGAUAGGUACAGAAUACAAGGGAACACAGAAUACAACGUUGAUGGGUUUCACCUGUGCGGAUUGGCUUGUAUUCGAGAAAGCCAGAUAUAGGCCGGCUGACUCCUACAAUUACUGUCGGAACCCAGACGGUGACGCUCGUGGACCUUGGUGCUAUAUUACAGCCACAUACCCACCUCCCUAUGAUAACUGCUUUAUUCCAUCCUGUAAAAGUAAGUAA